GGCACAAGAUUUUUAAAUCCUCCAUGUAAUUUUAUUAUUCUUCACAUGUUUUUUCUAACCAUUUACUAUUUAUCCUGCUAAACUUUCUCUCUCCUCUUCUAUAAUUAUUAUAUAAAGUUGAGUGCAUUACUGGUUUAUCAUGAAAAAAGAAAUAAAGGCACAGAGAGGGAGAUCAAGAAUCACGAUCCCUGAGUGAACAUGGGGUUGUCUCUCUGAACAACCCCAUCAUAACGUUAAGGGUGAGGGAUUGUUUGAUUUGGGAAUUUGCUUGCAUUGCGAGAUCAUCACAUUUUUGUGUUUGUGGUUGUGUUGUUCUGGAAACAAAACAAUGGAGGGUGAGAACAAAAAGUACAUCACAUCGGAGGAGUUGAAGGAGCAUAACAAGCCAGGGGAUUUGUGGAUUUCCAUUCAGGGAAAGGUGUACAAUGUGUCAAAUUGGGCGAAGGAGCACCCUGGUGGUGAGGUUCCCCUGUUGAACCUUGCAGGCCAAGAUGUGACUGAUGCAUUCAUAGCCUACCAUCCCGGCACUGCAUGGAAAUAUCUUGAUCCCUUCUUCACUGGGUACCACCUCAGAGAUUUCAAGGUCUCCGAGGUGUCCAAGGAUUACAGGAAGCUUGUGUCGGAGUUUGCCAAAAUGGGUCUUUUUGAAAAGAAAGAACAUGUCACUCUGUUCACACUUGCCUCUGUUAGUAUCAUGCUUGCCAUUGUUGUUUAUGGCACCGUGGUGUGUACCAGUGUGUGGGCUCAUUUCGCUUCUGCCCUAUUGCUGGGUUUGCUUUGGAUGCAAAGCACCUAUGUGGGUCAUGAUUCUGGGCACUACGAGGUCAUGACCACUCCUGGUUACAACAAAUUAGCACAGAUCCUUUGUGGGAAUUGCAUGACUGGGAUAAGCAUUGCAUGGUGGAAGUGGACUCACAAUGCCCACCACAUUUCCUGCAACAGCCUUGACCACGAUCCCGAUCUGCAACACAUUCCGGUGUUUGCCGUGUCUACUCGUUUUUUCAAUUCAAUCAAGUCCUGUUUCUAUGGGAGGAAGUUGGAGUUUGAUUCAUUAUCCCGGUUUCUUAUCAGUUACCAGCACCUGACAUUUUACCCAAUCCUGUGCGUUGCUAGGGUGAAUUUGUAUUUGCAGACUUUAUUGUUGUUGUUUUCUAGGCGCAAAGUCCCAGACAGAGCCUUCAACAUUAUGGGGAUCCUUGUGUUUUGGACUUGGUUCCCUCUCCUGAUUUCUUGCCUCCCGAAUUGGGGAGAGAGGGUGAUGUUUGUGAUGACCAGUUUUGCCGCUUGCUCCGUCCAACACCUUCAAUUUUGUUUGAACCAUUUUGCUGCUGAUGUGUAUGAAGGGCCACCAAAUGGAAACGACUGGUUUCAAAAGCAAGCAAGUGGGACAUUGGACAUUUCUUGCUCAAGCUGGAUGGACUGGUUCUUUGGUGGGUUGCAGUUCCAACUUGAGCACCAUUUGUUCCCAAGGCUUCCAAGGGCCCAAUUGAGGAAAGUUUCGCCAUUGGUCAUAGACCUGUGCAAGAAGCACAAUUUGCCUUACAGAAGUUUGACAUUUAUUGAGGCCAAUAUUCGGACUCUCAAGACACUCAGAACCGCUGCCCUUCAGGCCAGGACUCACCCUACCCCCCAGAAUAUGCUCUGGGAAGCUUUCAACACUCAUGGUUGAUUUCAGCGUCUGGAUCAGUGAAGAGUGAUGGUCAUCAUCAGCAUGUUGUUCCCAAUUUAUUAGUUCCCUCUGGGUACUGAUAAUUUAGUGUCUCCUUUUGGGUAUGGAAUAAAAUGGUCACCACUCUUUAUUUUGCAAAGUUCAGAUGAUAAUAAUCCGGUGGCUUCGGCGAGAAUCCAUUUGCGAUGUUCCUCGGAGGAGGAGCGCAUCUAAGAUGGUUUUUUUCAGAGGUGUGCAACUUCGUGUUAUGUCACUCCGAAGCUUGGUCACCUGCAGCAGUUACUUUGAUGCUAACAAAAUUUCUUACACAAUUAUUCAAAAUUCAUCGAAUCGAUCUUAAUUCCUUUUUUGGGGCUUUCUCACUUUCCCUUGUAUGCAUAUUUGAUUACCGAGUAAGUUAUGUUAAAUAAAUUGCGCUCCGGCUUAUUAUGUUUCAAA